UCUCUCUCUCUGUGUCUCCACCCCCCCCCCCACACACACACACAUAUAGAGACUCGCUCUGCUCUGACACACAGAAGAGGAGAGAGGAAGAUCAGAGGAAGAACAGAGGCCGCAGUCGCGUGCGCUGUCGGUCCUCAUCAGAAUGAACCGGAGCUGAAAACCGCGCGAGCUUUUCGUUUUUGCAUUUGUGAUUAGCGCGAGAACAGAGUGUGUGCGGAGGAAGGCGAGGCGUGUGUGAGCGAGAUUAUGGCCUCGUCGUGCAGCAGCUUGCCGGAGGGAGGAUCCCCGCCGCAUCAGGGCCGCGUGCGCCAGUCGGACAGUAACACCAGUUUUUUGAGAGCAGCAAGAGCUGGAAAUAUUGAGAAAGUUCUGGAGCUACUGAAGGGUGGACAAGACAUCAGUACCUGUAACCAGAAUGGGUUAAAUGCUGUUCACCUUGCUGCUAAAGAAGGCCAUGUGGAGCUGGUGGAGGAGCUUCUGGAGAGAGGAGCAGCUGUAAACUCAGCUACUAAGAAAGGAAACACUGCGCUCCACAUUGCCUCGUUGGCAGGGCAGAAGGAAGUAGCUAAGCUACUGGUUAAAAGGGGAGCAGAUGUGAACUCACAAUCACAGAAUGGCUUUACUCCACUGUACAUGGCUGCUCAGGAGAAUCAUCUGGAUGUGGUUCGCUACCUGCUGGAGAAUGGAGGCAACCAGAGUACAGCCACCGAGGAUGGCUUCACCCCGUUAGCGAUUGCUCUGCAGCAGGGUCAUAACCAGGUUGUGUCUCUAUUACUGGAGAAAGACACUAAAGGGAAAGUGCGUUUACCUGCACUGCACAUAGCUGCACGCAAAGAUGACACCAAGUCUGCUGCACUACUGCUCCAGAACGACCACAAUGCUGAUGUCCAGGCCAAGAUGAUGGUCAACAGGACAACUGAGAGUGGAAAGAGUGGCUUUACUCCACUCCACAUCGCUGCUCAUUAUGGAAAUGUUAAUGUUUCUACACUGCUACUGAACCGUGGUGCUGCUGUGGAUUUCACCGCCAGGAACGGUAUCACUCCUCUACAUGUAGCCUCUAAACGGGGAAACACCAACAUGGUGAACUUACUACUUGAUAGAGGGGCGCAGAUCGAUGCUAAGACCAGGGAUGGACUGACUCCACUACACUGUGCUGCCAGAAGUGGUCAUGAUGCAACAGUGGAGCUGCUUUUAGAGAAAGGAGCUCCAAUACUCGCACGAACCAAGAAUGGGCUGUCUCCACUUCACAUGUCUGCACAGGGCGAUCAUGUUGAGUGUGUAAAACACCUGCUGCAAUACAAGGCUCCUGUUGAUGAUGUCACUCUGGAUUAUCUCACUGCUCUGCAUGUCUCUGCCCACUGUGGCCACUACAGAGUCACUAAGUUAUUACUGGAUAAGAGAGCCACUCCCAAUGCUCGAGCUCUGAAUGGCUUCACUCCACUGCACAUUGCCUGUAAGAAGAACAGAGUAAAAGUGAUGGAGCUGCUAGUGAAAUAUGGAGCCUCCAUUCAGGCCAUCACCGAAUCGGGUCUAACUCCAAUCCAUGUAGCAGCCUUUAUGGGUCACCUGAACAUAGUGCUGUUGCUGCUACAGAAUGGAGCUUCACCGGAUGUCUGCAACGUUCGGGGAGAGACAGCCCUGCACAUGUCAGCGAGGGCGGGGCAGAUGGAGGUGGUACGCUGUUUACUGAGAAACGGAGCUCGUGUGGAUGCAACAGCCAGAGAGGGUCAGACCCCCCUUCACAUUUCAGCGAGGUUGGGUCAGUCUGAUACGGUGCAGUUGUUGCUGCAGCACAUGGCCGAUCCUGAUGCUGCCACCUCUAACGGAUACACACCUCUGCACAUCGCUGCCCGAGAAGGUCACACACACAUCAUUUCUGUACUGCUGGAGGCUGGAGCCACACACUCAUUGACCACCAAGAAAGGGUUUACUCCUCUUCAUGUAGCAGCGAAGUAUGGAAGCCUGGAGGUAGCCAAACUCCUACUGCAGCGCAGAGCCCUGCCUGAUGAAUCUGGAAAGGAUGGACUCACUCCUCUGCAGGUGGCAGUUCACUAUAAUAAUCAGCAGGUUGCACUUCUGCUGCUGGAUAAAGGUGCAUCUCCUCACAGCACAGCAAAGAACGGAUACACCCCACUCCACAUUGCAGCAAGGCGGAAUGAGCUGCAGGUGGCAAAGGAGCUAUUGCAGAAGGGGGCAGAACCUGGAGCUGCAACACGGCAGUUCAUGACCCCACUACACCUCACUGCACAAGAGGGACAUGAUGACAUGGCAGACCUGCUGCUAGACCAUGGAGCUAAUGUUAAUGCUAAUGCAAAAAACGGCCUUAGUCCUCUUCAUCUGGCUGCUCAGGAGGACAAAGUGAAUGUGGCUGAAAUUCUUGUUAAACAUGGUGCAAAUUUAGACCACCAAACAAAACUGGGCUACACGCCUCUUAUUGUUGCCUGUCACUAUGGAAACGUGAAGAUGGUGAAUUUCCUGUUGCAGCAUGGGGCAAAUGUAAACACCAAAACUAGAAAUGGUUACACACCACUUCACCAAGCAGCUCAACAAGGAAACACGCACAUCAUUAAUGUUCUGCUUCAUCACGGUGCAAAGCCCAAUGCUGUUACUAUGAACGGGAACACAGCUCUCUCCAUUGCUAAGCGCCUAGGCUACAUCUCUGUGGUGGACACACUGAAGGUAGUCACUGAGGAGGUGAUUACCAUGACGACUCAGACGGUGACAGAGAAGCACAAACUGAAUGUUCCUGAGACAAUGACUGAAGUUCUGGAUGUUUCUGAUGAGGAAGGUGAGGACACAAUGACAGGAGAUGGAGGUGAGUAUCUGAGGGUGGAGGAUCUGAGAGAGCUGGGAGAUGACUCUCUGUCUGGACAGUACCUGGAUGGCAUGAGCUAUCUCAGCCACAACCUGGACAGGGCACAUUACACUCCACCUCUCAUGGGCUUUCAGAGGAAUGGAGUUCUGAUUGAGGACAUGAUCAGCAGCCACCAGGUUUCAAGUCUGUCCAGAGAGAAUGAUAAAGACUCGUAUCGGCUGAGCUGGGGAGCAGAACACCUAGACAAUGUAGUACUAACGAACACACUGCUGCAGUCUGGCUUCCUGGUCAGUUUCAUGGUAGAUGCAAGGGGCGGGGCCAUGCGUGGUUGCCGUCACAACGGUCUGCGCAUCAUAGUCCCACCCAGGAAGUGUUCAGCUCCAACACGUGUGACCUGCAGACUGGUGAAGAGACACCGUGUGGCUACAAUGCCCAUGGUGGAGGGAGAUGGAAUAACAGGACGUCUCAUAGAGCUGGGACCUACAGUAUCACCGUUCCUCGGGAAGUUACACUUGCCUACAGCUCCGCCUCCACUAAAUGAGGGAGAGAGUUUGGUGAGCAGAAUCCUGCAGCUUGGCCCACCGGGAACCAAAUUCCUUGGACCGGUGAUAGUGGAGAUCCCUCAUUUUGCAGCUCUUCGUGGUUCUGAGCGAGAACUUGUGGUUCUGCGCAGUGAGACAGGAGAGAGCUGGAGAGAACACCACUGUGAGCACACUGAGGAGGAACUCAACCAGAUCCUCAAUGGCAUGGAUGAGGAAUUGGACUCACCUGAGGAGCUGGAGAAGAAGCGCAUCUGCCGCAUUAUCACUCGUGAUUUCCCACAGUUCUUUGCGGUAGUUUCUCGGAUACAGCAGGACAGUCACCUGAUUGGCCCAGAGGGGGGUGUUCUCAGCAGUUCAUUGGUUCCUCAAGUGCAAGCAGUGUUUCCCGAAGGUGCUCUGACCAAGCGGAUCCGUGUCGGACUACAGGCUCAGCCAGUAGGUGCUGAGGUAGUGAAGAGGAUUCUAGGUAAUAAGGCAACAUUCAGCCCCAUUGUUACUCUGGAGCCUCGGAGACGCAAAUUCCACAAACCCAUUACUAUGACAAUACCCAUUCCCAAAACCUCCACUAACGAGGGCAGCAGUGGCAUGCUGGGGGAAACACCCACUCUGCGUUUACUGUGCAGCAUCACAGGAGGUACCACACCAGCACAGUGGGAGGACAUCACUGGUUCAACUCCUCUCACCUUCAUUAAUCAGUGUGUGUCCUUCACCACCAAUGUCUCGGCUCGGUUCUGGCUUAUAGACUGCCGGCAGUCUCAGGAGUCAGUGACGUUCUGCACGCAGUUAUAUAAGGAGAUCAUCUGUGUUCCCUACAUGGCCAAGUUUGUCAUCUUCGCGAAGACAUUGGACCUGAUUGAGGCACGGCUGCGCUGUUUCUGCAUGACCGAUGACAAGAUGGACAAGACUCUAGAACAGCAGGAGAACUUCACUGAGGUGGCACGCAGCAGAGAUGUGGAGGUUUUGGAAGGAAAACCCAUUUUUGUGGAUUGUUUUGGAAAUCUUGUUCCUCUGACUAAAAGUGGGCAGCACCAUGUCUUCAGCUUUUAUGCCUUCAAGGAGAACCGUCUUGCUCUCUUCAUCAAGAUCCGUGACAGUGCACAGGAGCCAUGUGGACGACUUUCAUUUACCAAAGAGCCAAGAACUUAUCGCAGCCUGAACCAAAAUGCCAUCUGCAACCUGAACAUCACACUUCCUGUUUACUCAAAGGAUUCUGAUUCAGAUCAGGAUGCUGAUGAAGAGAGUGAGAAGACACAGGACAAAUAUGAGGAUGAAACUGAAUCUACAGAUUUCUCCACACUGCACACACACAUGGUUCAUGAUCCGGCGACACUCGCCAGUCCUGAUCUUCUCUCAGAUGUUUCAGAAAUGAAACAGGACCUUAUUAAAAUAUCUGGCUUCCUGACCAAAGAGGUUUCAGAGCCGUCUCUAGCUGAUGGAUUAAUAUACGGAGUAGAAGAUGAAGAGCCAUUUGAGAUGGUUGAAAAGGUCAAAGAGGACUUGGAGAAGGUGGAAAAGAUUCUGAGUGUUGUAAACUUUGGUGAAGAAACUGACAAAUCUAAAUGUAAUAAAGAGGCAGCAGAAGAGAAAAGCCAGGUGACUGAACCUAUACUGAAAGAGGUCAGAAUCACAAGAGCAACUGACUGCAGUUCUGCACCCCAAAAGGAUGCAUCUGAAAUCAUUUCACAUCUUAGUACAGAUUUGGAGUGCUAUCUCCAGCACCUGCCGGUGACUGCUGAUCCUGUCCAAGAAGAGAGUAUCACUGAAGAGAUAUUUACAGAAGUUGUGCUACCUCGGAAGCGCCAUCCUCCACGAAUAAAAAAACCUGCAAGAAAGAAGCUUAAAGAGAGAGAGUUCAUAAGCUGUAGCUCUGAAGAUGAGCUGGAGAGGAUGAGCUCUGAGGAAUCACUCGAUGGAGACACACUUCUUGGAGACUCUGAGAUUGAAGUGCCUCCUGUGUCUCCUAAAGUUGUCGAGACUCCCAUUGGGUCCAUCAAAGACAAAGUCAAAGCACUUCAGAAGAAGGUGGAAGAGGAGGAAAUGAAAGAGAGUGGCAAAGUUAGAGAGGUGAGACGAGUGACUGCUAUUCAGAGCAAAACCUUUUUGACUAAGGAAGAAAAAUAUACUUUACCUCCUAAAUCUCCAAAAUCCCCUCAGUCUCAGUCUGAGAGAAUAGAGCACUCAAUGUCUGUGAAGGAGCUCAUGAAAGCAUUUCAAACUGGACAGGACCCAUCAACGAGCAAAUCUGGACUUUUUGAACAUAAAGUGAUUACUAAUCUGGUGCUCGCAUCUGAAGAUGUCACUGAGGAUACUAAAAAAGCUCAGAAAUCUGACCUACAAACCUCAGGAAUUAAACCAUCAGCAGAAGAGAUCGAUUAUCAGAGCAUCAUGUUAGAAUCAUCACAAAUAAUCCAUGACCAAUCUCAACAAAAUAAGACAGUGAUUAGUAAUGAAAUUAUACAGAAGCAGGUACAAAGAACAUUAGAGGAUACAAAGGAAAGUAACACAGACUCCAUUAGACCAAGCAGGUUGAUCAGUGAGAACACACUUGUUAAUGCUAGUAAAGAACUACAUCUAGCACCAGAUGAAGACAGAAAUCAGUGUUGUGAGUCAGGAGAAACUUCAAAUAUGUCAUCUGGUUAUGAGGAAGAGGGUAAAGAACAGAUAUUAAUCAGUGAAGAUAAAAUUAUACAAACUAAACAAUCCUCUAAGGAACAUGAGAAAAUGAAAGCUAAAGACUCAACAAUAACUGUGGAAGUGUGGUGCCUUGAGGAAGAACAGUGUGGUCCUGAAAUUCUGCACUAUAAAAAACUAAGCACCGGCCAUAACCGGAGAACAUCUGAAGAACCACAGAUUAGUCCAGACCGGAAACCUUCUGAAGACUUCAGUGCUGUUAUAAAGGAAGAACUAGAGGACAGUCCAGAGUAUCAACUAUUUAUCCAGGCAGCAGGUCCAUCGACAGUCACAUCAUACAGUGAGAAACGCACUAUAGAAGAUAGUGAUCAGGUGGAGCACACAGUUGAGAAACAGCAUUCAUACAAACCAAAGCCAGCAGUCAGAUUUGCUUCCACAAUUGUCCAGAGUGAGAAAUUUAUUCCAACUGUAAUUCAUAAUGUGGAAAUAAAUGAAAACCCCAAGGUGCAAGCAGGUGGAGAAUUUACUGACACUGUGUUCUGGAGCAGGACACCUAGAACAAGCUUAGGAGAGUAUGAAGCUUAUGAAGAAGAUAAAGAAACAGAAAAUCUAAUUGUAAGUGACCAGAAGAUUAAAUCACCCACAGAGCCAGAGGACCAGCCUGAGGAGAAGAGUGCAAUGCAAUUUGCAUCCCCAGAAAGUGGAAGUCCAAGAAGUGCAGAAAAAAUAAGCAUCGAAGAAACCCAAGAGAUUGAUGAAAAAGAGGGGGUGCGAAAAGACACAAUUCAAAUGACAUUUUAUAAAAGUCCAGCCCAUACAGAGCCGGAGUUCAUACAAAAGUCACCCAGUGAUAUUAAAAGCCAAGUCAAAAAAGAACAGGAAAUCAGUUUUCAGAUUGAAAGUCAGAACAUAUGUAGUGAAGAGGUUUCAUUUGAUGAGUCUGAAGAAUUGUCAUCUAGACCACAUGGCCUGGAAGACCCACAGCCUACGAUAAGUGAUCUGAAAGUUAACUCGCCUGACAUGACACCUGAUAAGCAGGAUGUCUCUUCUAAUAACCCUUUUGACUCUGUGCAGCUUUUGUCAACAGAAAUUAAACCAUUCCAAACAGAACUUGAGGAAACUCUUGCACAUGAAACAGAGAAGGUCCAGCAUGUGAAUAUAACUACAAUGGAAAAGACAACUGUUGCAGAAACACAAACACAGUCUCAUGCAGGGGAGGAAAUAGGUUAUACUUAUGAAUCUGUCUUUUCAGUUCAGAAUAUUGAUGACACCUAUAAGGCUUCUGUACCUGAGGAAACUAAACAUACUAAAGAAAUUCAUGAGAUUUCCUCUGAUAAAUUUCAGGAAAUUCUGCAAAAGCCUCAUUCCACGUUGUCUAUAAGCCCUGACACCUUAAAUGACUUACAGCACAUAACCAGUGAUCCUGAAAUUGGCUGUAAAUUAGACUCACAGGAACGGAUACCUGUUAAGGAGGAUUUCUUUACUGAAAAGUUCCUUGAUUCUGUGCAGGUACCAUCAAACAAAACUCCAGUCCAAACAGAGCAAACAGGUUUACCAGAGACAAAGGAAGAUGAACAGCAAGUGUAUAACACUACAGCAGAACAGUUUUCACCUAUUGAGGUCCAAACACAAAUCCAGACAGAACAGGGAUUAUGCAUUAAUGUGGGACUGGAUAGUCCAGUUCAGGAUCUAGAGGACACUUAUAAAGUUUAUUCACUUAAGGAAACUCGGGAAACUAGAGAUAUUAUUGAGGUUUCUUCUGAGGAAACUGCUGAGUCUGAAGAAUUUCAGGAAAUUCAACGAAAGGUCUAUAGUAUUAACCUUUGUGACCAAUCACCAGUAAUAAUGGGUGGUCCUAAAAGUGCCUACCAGGCAGACCCCCAGGAGUCUAUGCCUGCUAAAGAGCUUGACUCACUGCAGAAUUCCUCAACAGAAAUCAAAAGUCCAGUCCAAACAGUGCUUGAGGAUACUUAUUUACAGAAGACAGAGGUGGAAGACCACCAUGGCUUUAUGACUGUUUUGGAAAAGUUGGCACCUUCAAAAAGUCCAGACCAUAUAGCUCAUGGUCUACAUGACAGCUACAAAGUUUCUCCAGAUGAAGAAGCUAAACAGAUGAGUGGAACUUUACUUUACUUUACUGAGCUUUACUCUGUAGAAACUGACAAGCAUGAAAGAUUUCAGGAAAUUCAGCACACAGUGUCUAGACCAGACAAUUUAAUAGACCUAAUGCCUAUAAUGAGCGAUCCAAAAAGUGUAUGCCAAGGAGACUCACUGGAGGAGGAGGAUUUGUCUUCUCAUAAAUCACCUGACUCCAUUGAGCCAAGUCCAACCAAGGACAUUCCAUGUCCUGAUUCUUUAGAGUCAAGUCCUACAGACCAGAGGCCGGAUGCCAAAAGCUCAGAGCUGUUAUAUCAAACCAAUAAUGAUUCGCAAAACAUUCAGGAUGCAGAAAGUCUGACAGAAAACCUAAAGCUGGAAAUUAAUAAUGAAAUGACAAUCCAAAGAGAAGCUGUAAUUUCAAAUGAGGAUAAUGCAUACAUAAAUUCUGAACUUCCUGAUACUGAGCCAUUGGUGCCUUUUCAACAGUCUUUAGAGGAAAAUUAUGAGGUUCAGGAAAUCAGUGAAGUAAAAAAGCAGUUCACUUCUGAAGAAAAGAUGUUCAAGAUGGCAGCAAAAAUCCGAGUCUUUGAUGAAAUUGAAAAGGAAACCAAAAUGAGAAAGGUUAGAUUUGAUUUCACCACUUCAUCCCAAGAUAGAGGUGAUGAGCUAAAGGAAAAGGAAGAAGAUCAUCAGUCCUGUGAUCGUCCACUAUAUGAUGAAGAGGAAGACAUAAAACAGAAGUGUGGACCUGAGUCCAGCAUUGUUUUGUCUUCAUAUCAACAGUCAGAGCAGCACAAUGACUCACCAUUGAUUGAUGUACCAGGAGAUGAACCUGAACAAACCCUGAGUGAGAUUUCAGAGUGUACUUACAGUCAUGAAUAUAGAGCUUCAGAGAUGGAGAUGGAAGUGUUACCUAUGCAAAUUCUCAUUGAAAAAAAGGAGCUGAGCCAUGAAAUCUUUUCUCCUGGGUGCCUCAUUAUAGAAGACAAGGCUGACAUAAUGGUGGCUUUGGCUGAGGAUUCAGGUGCAGUACUAAUGGACGGCAGACCUGAUAGCAUCUCUGAUAUUGAGUGUCACAUCAUCGAUGAGAAAACUGUAGAAAUGAAUCAGUCUUCUAUAGAUAUUGUGUGUUCUGUAAACUAUGGGAAAGCUAUGGAAGAAUAUCCGUUUCAGGGAGAGAUAGUGCCUUGGAAUGCAGAGUUGGUAGAACAUGAAAGCUUCAAUUUGCAGCUUGAAGUUGAUGAGCAAAAAAUCCCUUUGCAGUCCACAGACUCUCAGUCUCAGGAGUCAACCCCUGAAAUUCCUCCUGCUCGGACUCCUACAGAAAAUGGGCAGCCGAACCCUUUUCUGUUCCAGGAGGGAAAACUAUUUGAAAUGACAAGAGGUGGUGCUAUAGAUAUGAGCAGAAGGAGCAUGGAGGAAGAGCAGGAUGCAUUUGUCUUUUUCCCCAUAAGUGAGGAUCCUUCUGAGUACAGUCUUAGUGUGCAAGUCAGGGAAUGUGAAACCUCACUUGAAGUUUCAAUUGAUUCAAAAAGGGAAGAUUUACCUCAGGAUAUCACUGGUGUUUCAGAUGCUCCCAGAGAUUUAGAAAGUCACAGUGACUCAGACAGAACAAAAGAGAAAGUGCUGGGAUUCGAUUCCUCAAUAGCUGACAUUGAUACUGCCACUUCUACAGUGACACGAUCCAUCUACUCUGAGCAGGAUAUGGAAUCAUCGGAUUCAUCAGCAGAGGACGAUCAGCACUCAGUUAUUGAAAUUCCUACACCUUCUCAAGAAGGUCUUACGCAACCUUUUGUAAAGACAUUGAAAAAAUCAUCACAAUCUGCUCUCAGCUCACCCAAAAAUUUUGCUGCAGAACCUGAAAAUCGGAAACCAAAAUCAAAGAUUCCAGUGAAAGCAACCAGCUUUGACAGCAUUUUGGGUAAAGGUGAUUCUAUUGAGCAAAACCGAAGGCCAAAAUCAGAGGCGGAUAUCGAUGUCUCUGACUUCAUCAGUGGUGUGCCUUCUUCAGUAAAACCAAUGUCUCUUGCAUCCAAAAUACCUGAAUUUGUAGAACAAACAACAUUAAGUGCACUUCCUCCAGGUCAACCUCAACAUAGUCAUGAAGGGAGUUGUGAUAUGGGCAGUCCCAGAACUGUCCUUGAUGGAGACAGAAAGUCAGCACAGUUCCAAACCCCCUCUUUAGGAGAUGACAUAUUUGAAUCAAGACCAAACUGGGAAGAUUGUGUAGAGACGCAGAUGCAGCGACUCUCAGAGAGCAGUAGUCCAGAUCAGAGUAAAGUGGACUGGAAUAAUGAUGCUGAUCGUAAAGAGGAGGUUUUGUCCAUCAUUGCUGAUCUUCUUGGCUUUAGCUGGACAGAGUUGGCUAAAGAGUUUGAAUUCAAUGAGAAUGAAGUUCAGCAGGUUCGAGCAGAGAACCCAAAUUCACUACAGGAACAGAGUGCCGCACUUCUACAGCGCUGGACUGAGCGUGAAGGCAAACACGCCACAGAGGACUCUCUGUCAAAGAAAUUGACUAAAAUAAACCGCAUGGAUAUUGUCCACCUCAUCAAGACUCAGCUCAACAAAUCAGUGCAAGAACAAACGUCCAGAACAUACGCUGAGAUUGAGAAAACCCUGGACCACAGUGAAGCUAUGUCCUCAGUACAGGAGGUCAGUCCCCGGAUGGUGAGGAAAGUGGAUGUUUCCCAGAAGCCCCCAGCUGCAGUGUCAGAGGAGGACCUAUCAGUGGCCUCACUGCUCGACAUUCCUUCCUGGGCAGAGCCUGUAGGUCAGGCCCACUCUGAGAGUAUUCAUGGGGAUAUGCUAGAGGAGCUGGAGGUGACACAAGAUGUGUGGACAUGUCAGCAGGGUGAAAUGGACUCAACACAUUUGCCUCCACAUGGACCAGAUGCAGAUCAGGCUCUGAGUGAUCCUGAAAAUCACAAUGUCCAGAGUCUCUCACCUGCAGCAGAAGCUCCAAAGCCAUACUAUUUCAACUUCAGUCAGUCCUCCAUUGACAGGUUUUCAUGUGAGCUUUCAACAAAUUGGCAGUCAAAACAAGCUGAAGUUCUGACCUGUAUGUCCAAAGAACAUACUGCGGAACACCUGGGAUCUCCACUUGAUGAACUUUCUCCUGUCUAUGAGAAAAGUGACAUAGAAGAAAGUGAGAAGUCUUCCUCACAGACUUGUCUCUCUAGUUCUGAGGCUAACAAAGGCUUACAGCUCACUGAGAGUGAAACGGGACUUGGAGAGGAACUUAGUUAUUCAAUGGACCAAAUGAUGAAAAGGUCUGCUCCAGAGGACUGGACACAGCGUACCCCAGAUCUCACCAGGACACCUUCUGAGUCUGAUUAUGUUUUUGUAAAUCCUGAAUCUGAUCAGCUCCCAGCUGGAGAACAUGCUGAGUUUGAUUCGGUAUGUCAUUGUGAGGAAAACAUGGAGAAACAGGAACCAUCAGAAGGUUGGAAUGAAGAGUUUCAAAUUCCUGGAAUAGAGAUGCAAGCUGUUACUCAAGAGAAAUCUCCUCAGAUAAUUAUACCAGGUGUCCAAGAUGCUGAAUCUCCUGCAGAAUCUCAAGAGCAGGGGGGAUUUUCAUAUGAAUUGCAUAAUGAUCAGCAUUUCUACACUAAAGAUGCGGAAAUGCAGCAUGAGGUCCAGACUGAAGAGAAGAUCACAUCAGACUGUUCUAUUCUGGAGCAGAGUGGUCUUCAGCAAGAUGUUUCACCAUUUUCUCACUCAGAUGUUUCUCCACAAACACCAGAUACAGUCCGAGCCACACAGCACUUUGAGUUCACAGACGUACUUUGCGCUCCAGAGAGAACCUCUAGUCAGCUCCUCACCAAGUUUCCUGGGACAGUAACAUCAGAAAUCUCAAGACAUUUACAGUCAGAAUCUUUUAUGUCUGAUUUGCCAUCUCAGUUUUCAGAGGAGGCUCCAUUCAGCUGCAGGUUCUAUGAAUGUAACCAAACUACUGUACGCUCCUUAAGCACAGAUGAAGCUCUGGCAUUACUUCAAAAGCUUGUUCCUACAGAAAAUCCACUGACUGAUGAGAUCACCCAGUCAAGAAUAUCUGAAAGUGAUUAUGAAACACUCACAAAACCACAUCCAAAAGCUGAUGAGCCUAAAACCAUGGAGAUGCUGAAAGAACAUGCUCAUGUUCUCCACAGUGCAAUCCACCAGCCUAAAGAGCAGGAGAUGCUCUCCACAACCUCAGGUUACUCAGAACUGGGACUAGAUCAGUAUUUAGCAAAAUGUGAUAGAAUGAACACAAAGCCACAAGAACAUGCUGCUGAAAGGCUAAGCACAUCUGGUGAAGAAGACAACCAGAAUUCCUUCCAGCACUGCAUGGAAGCACUUGUCAUCCAGGAAGGUUUAGUGGCAUCAGAGGAAAAAGAGGAGCCUCCCAGGCUAAAGAAAAGUUUACAAUCUUGCAUUUGUUCUUCUGUAGAAGCUCAUUCUCAUCGGGAUGUUAUGGAAGAUAAUGAUGGUUAUUUUGAAGAUGAUGAUGAUGAUGAUCUGAGGAGGGUUGUUGGAGAAGCUGAUGUUCCUCCACGAACUGCGGCAGAAGAACUGUACAUGGAGGAACGGGGAACUCUGCAUGUUACACAGGUGAGGGCAGUAGUCAGGCGGUGUGCAUCGGUGGAGGGCAGAAAAGAAAUCUGCAACUCUAAAGCGGUGACUAGAGCAGUGGUGAAGAGUGAUGGGGACGAGUCAGAGGUGAUGUUUAUUGAGCAGUCUGAUGCUGAUGAGGUUCGAGCCAUUAACAAGACGGUCAGUGAGCCGGUCAGUGAACCAGUCAGUGAACCGGUCAGUGAGACAGUAAGUGAGCCAGUCAGCGAGCCGGUCAGUGAGCCAGUCAGUGAGCCGGUCAGUAAGCUGGUCAGUGACACUGAAAACCAUUUGGAAAAAAACUUAUCUGGCCACAAACCCAUGAUGACACCACACAGAGAUGAAGAACAUGAGCUCUCUGAAGUGCACUCCACAGAAGGGUGCAGGAUGGAGGAAGCGGGUUUAUAGGACAUGAAUAUGACCUCUGAUAUCACCUUGACGAUGACCUUCAGUAUCACAUUGCUUCAUUUAGAGAAACUAUGAUGAAAGUUAAUUUUUUUAUCUCUUCUAUCUCUGCACUAAGAAUGCUCAAGCAAUCCCAUAAUGCCUCUCUCUCUCUCUCUCUCUCUCUCUCCUUCCUGUUUUACAGGUCUUCCUGCUUCAAUGUUGUUUGUUUAUGUCCUCUUUGUCCACAACACUAUUUAUUUAUUUGUUUAUUUAUUUAUUUGCUUGUUUGUUUAAAAUAGUUUAAAACAGUCCAAGUUAAAGACAUGACAGUGGUUCUCCCUGAUGAUGUCAUUGGACAAUCAACAAUUAAAAAAGGAAUGAAUGUUUGCUGACUUGCUCAGCUGACAGCGCAGUGCUGUAUUACCUCAGAGAGAGAGAUCAGCUGGUUAGUUGGUUAUCCCAAAAAUAUUACUAAUAUUCCUGGUUAGCUGAUUGAGAUCACUUUAUUGAACAGCUGGACAGUGGUUUAUUGAUGAAAUGAUUAGUGUGAUGUUUAUCAUGAUGUAGUGACACAACGUCCUCACUGAGAAACUUUCAGGAUGUUUGUUUUCAUCACUUGUUUAUCGUCAGGAUAAAUAUCUGACUUUUACAUUUCCAUCAUAACAACGCUGUGAGCUGUUAUUUAUCAAACUUCAGUUAAUCGUGUUCUUGUGUUUCGCUUCAGUGACGUUAUCACUCAGUGACAUCUUCAUGCUAAUCUCUAUAUAAUAACCACAUUAACCACUGCAAGAGAAAUUAGCAUUAGCAUGAUUAGCACCAGUCAUUUUAUAAUGACUUAUUAUAUCCCUGGUAUUUAAAUUCACCUGUUUGUCUGACUGUCUGCUGUUUCUGUCUCACUCUGUGUCUGUGUUUGACAUGCUAUGCUAAAUGUUACAGUGACCAAACACUCAUUUAACAUUUAAAAAAUAUCAUAAGGUGGCACUUGGUUUAAAGGGAAAAUGGUCUCGAGGAAGUGGACAAGGGGACAACGGAAGUGACUCUAUUGUUACACAGCAUAAAGAGUUUGUUGUUUCAAAAAUGUAGCAAUUAUUAAACAGUGUUUAUGACAUCAUCAUCACUUAUCUAUUUGUUCCCUUAAUCCAUAAUCAAGAUCUGUGUGUGUAUAAAAUUUAUUUAAACCCGCUGCUGUGUUUCACUGUGAUUCUCAUUAACACCUGACUAGUAGAAUUCUAAUAUAAAUUCUAUAAACAGCAUGUGUUCUAGUUUAUUAUCGAGCAUUAAAGACUGUACAACUGUGUGUGUGUGUGUGUGCGCGUGUGUGUGUGUGGAAUUAAAAUGUUUAUCAAAGCAUCCAUCUGAUU